CCAAUCUUUGUCGACCCAGAUGCAUUUUCUGUGUUUGGAUAUUGUUUUCUUUCAUUAUUUCAAUAAAUUGAUGGGAAACCCAAUUGUAUAUUUGUCUGUUUGCAAUUAUAAUCAUUGGGAAGUCUAUAAAGACUGAAUUUUUAAGCCACCAUUUCCUGCUAUUAAGCACGACUGUAUUGCUCUCAUUUUCUUUUUCCCAGCUUAAAGUUGCAUUCUUGGAAGCUGAUGUUUUCAUUUUUGAGCUAAAUUUAAGAGCUUUUUGGGCUGCAAUUUAAUUUCCAGGAAGUAGAAGAUCAAAACUAUUGGCAGACAUGAGUUAAGCCAGUUGACGCCUGCCACCCGCACCCAAAUUAGAAUUCACCUUUCCUCGUAAAUUAGAGUAGUUUGGAAUAAAAUAUCGUAUUAUUGUCGAAAAGAAAAAAAUGAUCAAACCUUUGAAGUUAACAAUAUUGAACUGAUAUGGUAAUUGUAUUCGGAGACGCAAUCAGUAUUCUGAAGGUGUGACAUUUGGGAUGCUUUGAUAAAGAUUGAACAAAGUAUAUGCCAGCACUUCAGAUUUCCUAUGAUGGAGCCAAAGGAAGCUUAUGACAUCGAGCGUAUGACCUCUACGCAGAAUAUUCAGCAUGAGCUGUGGCCACUCGAUGAAAUUGAUCCGAAGAAGGCAAAGUUUCCCUGCUGUAUAGUUUGGACUCCACUCCCGGUAGUCUCUUGGUUGGCACCAUUCAUCGGACAUGUUGGCAUUUGCAGGGAGGAUGGAGAUAUUUUAGAUUUUUCUGGUUCCAAUUUUGUGAAUGUUGAUGAUUUCGCAUUUGGUCCCGUAGCCAGAUAUCUCCAAAUUGAUAGAAAACAGUGUUGUUUUGCCCCGAAUCUGGGUAGCCACACUUGCAAGCAUGGGUACAAGCAUUCAGAGUUUGGGACUGCAAUAACGUGGGAUGAUGCCUUGCAGUCAAGUUCGCGGUACUUUGAACACAAAACCUACAACCUCUUCACUUGCAACUGCCAUUCAUUUGUGGCCAACUCUCUCAAUCGGCUCUGCUAUGGCGGAUCAAUGAGUUGGAACAUGAUCAAUGUGGCAGGCUUAGUACUGCUCAAGGGGCAUUGGGUUGACGCCACAUCCGUCUUGAGGUCGUUCCUCCCUUUUGUAUUGGUGCUCGCUCUUGGUGUUGCCAUGGUUGGAUGGCCAUUCGUUGUUGCGCUUUUCUCCUUCUCGCUCCUCCUUCUAGUGUGGUUUAUACUGGGCAGUUAUUGUUUCAAGACCUUGUUAGAGUGCUAGUUCCGUCACAAUGUCGAAAAGUUCGAGGAGACUAAGCAGGAUGUUAUGUGGUAAUGUUCCUCUGCAUGGCUCCAGUUCCUGAUGCAAUUUUGUUAUAUGUUUUUUGUGAAUAACGCUUCUGAUGCCAAACUGAGUCAAUUUAUUCAAUUGUAGAUGAAUGAUUUAGAAAGCUUAUCGACUUUUUGCAGUCUGUAACAUGCUCGGGUUAUGAUUCCGAACGAGUCAGGGAAACCCAUGUUGCAUCCAUAGCUCAUACUGAGUGAACGUUCAUAACUGGUCUAUUUGCCAGAUGAUAUAAACUCAGAUUUAAUCAAAUUGUGUAACGGCUGCUUCGAAUCAAUAAAAUUCUCUAAUUUUCAUA